AUGCCAAGUUCCACUCAAUCCAGUCAAGCGCAUGAUGAUGCCAAUCUAAAUGUAGUUGUUGUCGGCGCUGGUCUUGCGGGUCUUGCAGCAGCGAUCUCCAUUUCUCUUUCAGGACACAAUGUCACAGUUUUAGAGUCGGCAAAAGAACUACUCGAGGUCGGUGCUGGUUUACAAGUCACCCCCAACUGCACACGCAUCCUCCAAAAAUGGGAUCUCCCCGACAGAUUGUGGCAAUCGGCCGCUGAACCCACGUCGCUCGUCGUCCAUCGCUACUCUGGCCGAACGCUUGCCAUAGAACCCGACUUCCACAAGCAUAUCCGCAAGAAGUACGGCGCCCCAUUCAUCGAUCUCCACCGCGUAGACCUCCAGCUUGCGCUUUACGACAAGGCCAAGGAAUUGGGUGUCCAGUUCAAGCUCGGUGAUAGAGUGCAGGACAUUGACUUCAGCAUUCCCGAGGUCAGCACCGAGGCUGGGGCUAGAUACACUGGCGACUUGAUCGUUGCAGCGGACGGACUCUGGUCUAAAUGCCGUUCCAAGUUCCUUGGAAGCGAGGACAAGCCUAUGCCCACUGGGGAUCUAGCAUACAGGGUUGUCCUGGACGCGAAGGAUAUCCACGAUCCUGAGCUACGGGAAUGGGUUGAGCACCCGACGGUACACUUCUGGAUCGGUCCAGGUGCUCAUGCUGUUGGGUAUUCCAUGCGUGGCGGACAGAUGUACAACGUUGUACUUCUUGUUCCUGACGAUCUUCCAUCGGACGUUAGUCGACAGGCUGGAUCAGUGGAGGAGAUGCGAGAGCUGUUCAACGACUGGGAUCCAAUUCUGGCAAGAUUUCUCAGUCAGGUCGAUAAGGUCGACAAGUGGAAACUGAUGCACAGAGAAGAACUUGAUUCAUGGAUCAACGACGACUCAAAUUUCGUCUUCGUUGGUGAUGCCUGUCAUCCGAUGCUCCCAUACCUAGCCCAAGGUGCCAACUCCGCCGUGGAAGACGGCGCAGUUCUGGGUUUGCUUCUCGGCCAUGUCAAGUCGAAGCAUCAACUACCAAAGGCCUUAUCUAUGUACGAAAGGUUACGCAAGUCUCGUGGAGAAGCCAUCGUGAGAGAAACCUUCAAGCAGCGGGAAUCAUUCCAUAUGCCUGAUGGACCAGCUCAACAGGCACGCGAUGAAACCUUCCUGUCUCAGCUCGGCGCUGAGGAACUCAAAGGCCCGUUCCCAAGCAGGUGGACUUGCCCGCAGGUUCAGCCUUGGCUUUAUGGGUAUGAUGCGUUUGAGGUCGUUGAAGAUGCAGUGAAACGUGAUCCUUUCACAGAAUAG